UGCAACCAACACGUCCUCUCUCAAAAUAUCAGCGAUACAUGUCGACAGUCGACAUGUUAUUUUUACAUUGCGUAGAUAAUGGCAGAGGCAGAGUUCGUCUGACAUAUUAAUCUCUGAUGCGCAAAAUGUUUUGCAAUGUCGCCGAAAUGAUUGCUUCAUUCGAAGAUACUGCAAAUGAUGGCACAACUUUUUCGAAUGUGUAAACCGGAAAUCUGUUGGGUAGUUAGAAGUUAUGGAACUCAUAGAUACCAACAAGAUCAUUACGGAACCUUAAAUGUUUCAUCCAAUGCAUCGCAAGAAGAAAUCAGACGAGCUUUCCUUAAAUUGUCAAAACAACUACAUCCUGAUACUAGUGGAAAACACAGUCAUUCUGAUUUUGUAAAAUUGAAUGAGGCUUAUUCGAUUUUGGGGAAAGAAAAUACUAGACGCCAAUAUGAUUUAGGCUUGAAGUACAGUAAAAGCAAUCCAUCCUAUACAUAUAACUCACAAAACAGGUAA